CUAAUCCGUUUAAGUUUGACGUAACAGGCUAGUAUUUCCAUAUUCAGGCCACCUGGUUAGUCUCUCACUCGCAUUACUCUUUAAGUGGUCGCAUGGUACAUAUUGGUUGUCACUUACAUGUUUACAACUAUUUCCUUAGCCCUCGUAACGCUCACGUGUCUGCCAGAUUCCGAUAUUUCAAUGGACACGGUAUUACUCCUCCAGAUUCCGAUCUUUCAAUGGACAUGGUAUUACUCCUCCAGAUUCCGAUCUUUCAAUGGACACGGUAUUGCUCCUCCAGAUUCCGAUAUUUUAAUGGACACGGUAUUACUCCUCCAGAUUCCGAUAUUUCAAUGGACACGGUAUUACUCCUCCAGAUUCCGAUAUUUCAAUGGACACGGUAUUACUCCUCCAGAUUCCGAUCUUUCAAUGGACACGGUAUUGCUCCUCCAGAUUCCGAUAUUUCAAUGGACACGGUAUUGCUCCUCCAGAUUCCGAUAUUUUAA